CGGCUUGUUUGAAUGACCUUCGUCAGAAGUGUUGAAGAUUCGCGACCUUGUUCUGUGUUUUAUUUUUUAUUUCUACGAAUCAACUUAGCAACUGUAUUUUCUCCGCUGUGAUUUAUUAUGCGUAUAUUUUUCUAGUUAUAACAAUUUCGAUGUGUCAAAUUGUGGAUUACACGUUACAAUGACAAAUGGACCAAAUUUCUCUUUAGGAUAACUUUAAAAAAGUGCCAAGGACAGUCUCCCGAUGCACUUAUCUGACGACGCCAUGCCGUAUCCGCGACCAGAGGCCCGCCUGGCCGGCGAGGCCCGCCGAAAAAGACGUGGAAACCUUCCAAAAGAAUCUGUGCGCAUCCUUCGUAUGUGGCUCUAUGAACAUCGUUACAGUGCAUACCCAUCUGAAAAAGAAAAAGCCAAACUGGCAGAAGACGCUAAGUUGACUCAAUUGCAAGUGUGCAAUUGGUUUAUCAAUGCGCGACGCCGUAUUCUUCCUGACAUCAUUCGCAAAGAGGGUCAGGAUCCAUUACAGUACACUAUCACGAGAAAAAGUGGCAUGAAUGUGCCUAGAUCUGUGUCUACAUCAGCCAGCAUCAACAGAUCUAACAGCUACAUCCGUUCAAUGGACUCGAACAGCAGUCCUGUAUCGCUCACAGAUGACAGUGUCACAGAUAUAGACGCCGACAGCGAGGACUCUGACAACAGCACCACAUCAACUGCAUCAUCCCACGUCAGCUCGUCCCAUGAAGGUUGUCCUCUCAAGUUAACUAAGCGAUGGCAAAGGACGCACGAACAAGAACUACUCGUGCAGCCACCUUCAGACACACCUCUUCAACAAUGUACAGAAAUGUGGAGGACCUCCAGUAACACCCCUCCACUUACUCCUCCAUCUUCCUCGAUGGAUAACUCACUUACUUGCCUUUACAUUCUGGUCAAUGUUGCCUGCGAAGUUAGAGAUCAGCAGAAACGUGAAGCUAAACUGGCCAAUGUUGAUUUAUGAAAGGCUGUUGAAGAUUAACUGCAUGCUUCAUUGUUUUAGUGCCUUAAGGAAGACAGUCGUCAAAUUUAAUAUUUGUUGUCCAGGGCUUUUAUUUUCCUUAUAUAGAAUCUACGAAGAGUCAAUUGUAGAAUCAUAUCUUACGUUCGAGGCAUUUUAAGUUCCGUUUUGAGGAAAUAUUUGCUCAGUACAUUACCUGUAGUCUAAAUUCUAGGUAAUAAUUUCCUAUAAAUGUUUCUGUAUUAAUCUUUGUUUGAUGUCCGAAUGUGGCACUUAAAAGAGUAUCAACAACUGUCUCUAAAUAUUUCGUUUGCAUUUAUAAAAUGUUGAUCAGUUGCGAUUAAGGUGUCCAAAUUUAAAAAGAAAAGCAAUAUUCAUUAAAAUUUGAAAGGAUUUUUUUCGACAAAAGUAGCAUUUAUGUUAGUAAAUUAUUUUUGCAUGUUUAUAGCAUGAGAUUAGAAAUCAAUCGAAACAUAAAGUGAACUAACUAUAAAAGCUCAUGCUUUCUCUGGAAAUAAAAACUCCAGAUUUUAAAACUCUGUAUGAAACAGUAAAAAAUAAUUUUCCGAAUGAGUAACUUAUAUCAACUAUAUUUGAAUUAUACAAUCUGUACUAUUUCUGCUUAUUGGAAGAAUGUCUCCAGUUCUUCUAAGCUUCAUUACUAGAAUAACCGAUUUAAAUCUUCUGUUUUAUUACCGAAUUAUAUCGUCAGAUGAAUCUGUGAAUUCUAGCCCUGGAUGAAUUACUUCUUGUAUAAAGCCGUGCUAGCUUUGUAAGUUCAGACAAUGCAAGGACUCGAAGUGAUUACAAGAAAAAUAUUUGAUAACUAUUUUGAAUGACUGAUUUUGAAAACAGAUGUGUCUAUAAGAGGUGUGCAAUGAAUACAUUGAUUUUUUAUUUUACAGACUUAAGUUUAUUACAAGCUACAUGUGAACGAUGGCUACUGCCAAGAUUGAUUCUCUGCCACAUUAUCUUGUAUAUUCUUUUUAACUUUAGAUAAGCAACUUUUUUAUCCAGCAUUUCCUGUAGCUACCCAUGUGCGCAUUUUAUGCCAUUCAUUAUUUUAUCUUUUUUGCUUAUUUUUAUAUAAAAUCAUUGAGUGUCAUUAAACACUAUAAGGUGCCAUCCUUCUAACAUGAUGUCAUUUACUAUUAAUGAGUAAGAAUGCUUUUUACUGAUAAAAAUGUAUUACGAAUUCUGAUGAAAUACGAUGUCAGUGAUGAGGUCAACCAGUAAAAUAUUAUAUUAAAGAAACAAUUAUUUUCGAAAAAUUGUAGUUUUGAGCUAGGCUGCAAUAUUUUGAAACAAGAUAUUUGAAAGUAGCAAUUAAUUUCAUUGUGCCAUCAAAUCAAAACGAUCCUAUAUCGCUAAAUGCGUUAGAAAGCUAUUUUUGUCAUACGGGCGAUAGCGUAGU